AUGUCCCCCCAAACACUCACCCAACGCGCCCAAUCCUGGCAAGAAUCCGACCUGCAAGGUCUCACCACCCUAAUCGCCGACAUCACCCACGCCUACAACAACCUCAAAUCCAACGACAACAACACCAAACCCGACAUCCGCGCCGCCCUCGAAGAACUCCUCCUCCACAUCAACCUCCCCACCUUCCACCGCGCCCAACUACUCCUCUACAAAGCCGGCACGGAACGCCCAGACGACUGGGCGCGGAUCCGGGAGAGGUUGGAGGAUGCGAAGUAUUGGGUUGUGGAUUUGAGGUUUGCGGUGAGGGAUGGGGGUGCGAGUGGGGUUGAUGAUGAGAGGGUUGCGGAGUUGGAGCGGGUGGUUGAUGGGUGGUUGAGGGAGUUGGAGGGGAGGGAUCCAGAGGGGGGUGAUGGUGGGGUGGAGUUUUGGGAGAGUAUUCGGAGGUUGGAGGAGGUGAGGGGGUUUGGGAGGGCGGUGGGGUUGGCUGGGAGGGUCGGUGGGGAGGAGGUUCUUGAGGGGGAGUUGAGGGGGAGGGUGGAGGCUGCCAAGCAGAACGAAGCGAAGAGUUCUUCAUGA